AUGUCCCGAGGCAAUCGGCUUGACGGCGACAGCAGUAGCGACAGCGACAACAACAACGACAACAACGACGACCACCACGGGCUGGCCAAGGGCAGCGACGAGCUGCAGCUGGCGCUGGCACCCGCCGAGCCAGCGCCUGGCGACGACGCUCGGCCACCGCGCAACCGCUCACUACGUAGCAAGCUCGCAACGGCCCUCGCUGAGAUUGAAGAGCAGAGGUAUCUUCUCGAGGCGGCGGCCGCGAACGGCCAGCUCCUCGUCGAAAAGUACUUUGUGCUGGAGAAGGAGCGCGAUGCGCUGGCCGCGCGCUGUGGCCACUUGGUGCGAACUGCUUCGCUCGACUCGGACGCGUCGCAUUAUCAGCCGAGAGCCGUGCAAAAGUGCGUCGACCUCGAGCAGCGACUGCACGCGAUCGAGCGGGAGAAGGCAACGUGCGACGACGUGAUUGGCAAGCAGGACCACGAGAUCCUCUACUGGCGCAACAAGGCCAUGGCGUCGUACAUGCAUCUCGAGCGGGAGCACGAGACGAACCUCAGUGCCAAGACCCACCUGAGUCACGCGACCAAGAAGCUCCAGCUCGAACGCGACGAGUGCGCCAUUCAGGUGCGCGACUUGACCGUGCGCGUGGCCGACCUCGCAGAGCGCGAGGCUCGCUGGGUCAUGGCUAACGAUAUCAAGCAGCAGAAGAUCCAGCGCCUCGAAGCCAACGUGGUUGACCUCGAGGCCGCGCACGCCGCCUCGGAAGCAGCUCGCACCGCGCUGGAAUCGCGACUGCAGGCGGCCGAGCAAGAUGCGAGUUACAUGCAGUGCACCAUGAACGGCCUCAAGAUGUCGCUGGCGGCGCUCGAGCAAGAGUACUAUAUUCUGCUUGAGAAGACGACGCUCGCGGCGCCCAACAAGGAGUCGGAGCACCCGUCCGAAGUAACGCCGCUCUUGCCGCGCAAGAAGACGCCCCUCGCGCCGCGCAAGCCGUGCUCGCCGAUUGCGUGGGCGUGGGAAACCGUGUGUGGCGCGAUCAGCUCCCUCGUUUCGGACAUCGUGCGCUUUGCGUCGCGGUCGUUCCAUGCCAUUCGCGACUAG